GUCGUGUUUUAUCCUCAUGAUAUUAUAUGUUAAAUUUUUAUAUAGGUUUUGUUUCAUUUAAAGUCUUUUAAUCCACCUGACUAAAGUAGGUUUCGUGCGUAAUUCCCCCAUUUCGUUCACCACGAGUCACCGCUGAACCAGUUGCCCUCCUUGACUGACAGCAGAUCUCCAACUGGCUCACGGACCAAUCAGCUGCGACCGUGGGGGCGGGGCCUAGGCAAAACCAGCUUCGCCAAAUAGACUAUUCCCAGUCGCGGUCCCUUGCAGUUACUUUCCAUCCAGGUUUCGGAGCAGCGUCGUGGGCAUCAUCCCUGUGCGCGGUGUGCGGGACGGAUCUGCAGGAGCCAGCCGCAGCGCGUGCUUUGUUUUGGGGGACCUCUACUAGUAUGAGAACUUCCAUUCCCGCUCCUUUGAUUUCUUUCAUUCUCAUGUUUUCUCAUUUUCUUGAUUUUGACCAUCCGACCUCAUUGUUUCGCCCUUCUCAUUUUUCUGCUGCUGUCACCCACAGUUUGUUGCUCACCACCACCACCAGCUGAAAGGGGAAUAUCUCACCAUUCCACCACCAGCCAUCUCUCUGUCUUUUCCUCUGCUGCUGCUGCUGAUCUGGAUUUUGGCUGCACUGCUGGACUAUCACGCAGGGGGAUUUAUAUUUGUAUUGAUUUCCAUCUGCCGCCCGCUCCGCAGCGGACACCGCCACUUUUUCUCUCUGAGGGAUGUAUAACAGCGGGGUGAAUCCUGCGCUCUGAACACGGGAGAAUAUUAACGCACUGUCUGCUGAAUGAACUGCUGCCGUGCGCCCUUGGUUUUUGGAGCAGGUCUCUCUUCUGGAGAUGCUCUGGUGCGUCUGAUCGGGGCUUUUGGUCCGUGCGUAUCCCCUCUGGAUCGGGAUAUAAGGUGAAGCAGUUGCCGCGGAGCUCUUGUCCUCUGUUUCUUUUUUUCGUGGACAUAUUUUGUUUUUUUCUUUUGGAGAAGGAUUGUGCACCGACCCGGCGGCGCGCAGGCUAACCAUGGGGGACUCGAUGUGGAGAUAUUAUUUUGGAGUUUUGUUUAUUGCCUUCAAAGUGGACCUGUGCCGGGCGCUCAUCCUGGAGUCCAUCUACUGGAACACAACAAAUACCAAGUAAGUGGAGCACAAGCCGCGCUGAUUACUGACCCCCGUAGAGCCGUGUGUGUGUACGCUCUCCUGCGUGGAGACGAUUUCACGCCAGACUCCGUAGAAAAAUCAGGCACUUUCAUGUUGCCUUCGUCUCUGCUUGAGGAAAAACAUCAGGAGCGAAAAUGAAUUCAUGUUUCGGAGCAGCUCUUGAAUUCAGCUCAGAUUUAGAGGAACAAAGAGUUGUCAGAGUCGCCUGGUUUCACAUUAAACAUCUCCCUCUCCUCCUCUUGGUAAAAUUAACGCAGUUUUUUUGUGGUCAUGUGUCUGAAGCUGCAGUGAGGAUGGAUUUUGGGAAUUUUCGGGGUGAGAAUUUCCCCCUGAAGUGAGCAGAGAGGCUGAUAAUCAUGAGAAAUAAUCAGUGCUGCAGUCAAACACCUCCACAGACAGGUGUGAGUGUAUCUCUGCUCGUUGUUUCGGAGCAUUUCAGAGAGAUUCGCGGUCUGUGUGUGUCGCCGUUGGGGAAUAACGUAUACGCGCAGUGGACGGCGAGGCCCCGCUCGGCCGUGCGUUAUGGUGCCACUCCACAUUAGAAACCCGCCUCACCAGGACACACAGCAGCAGUUUCUGCAGUUUAUUGAUUAUUUGAAAUCAAUCGCAUCUUCCUGUUGAUUUUAGAUGAAUGGCUCGUUAUAAUUAAUCUUUAUAAAACACAUUUUUGAGGAUAACUUUACGCUUCGCCGGGGCGUCUUGGAAAUCGUCGCGUCUGUAACAGGUCCGAUAAAAAUAGCAGACCUUUGAAGCCGUUUUGAGCUCAUUAACAUUCCCUUUCAUUCCCCCACAGUUGUGUUUGUAGAGGAUCAAAUAUUAUUGGAUGUUAUUUUUAUCCUCCCUCCCUUCUGACGGUUACAUUAAUGAGAGGAAUCCAAGAGAAAAUGGAAACAUGACGAGGCGGAGGCUUCAUGGAGCUGCCGCUGCUGCUGCUGCUGCUGCUGCUGCCGCUGCUGGGACGCUCCUGCUCCGGGCCUCGGAUGCUCUCCUGAGCCUCCAACACUUUUUAAAACGCAAAUAAUUAAAUAAUCAAGCGAACAAUGAGCUCGUUUUAAUCUGGAUUAAACUGGAAAUAUUGUUGCAGGGACGAAAACUUUGACUCAAUCCUCUUUUCUCUAAAUAUUUCGUGUUCUUUGAUGAAGAAGCGGGGACUGCAGGGUGUUUAUAUUCCGGGGAGUUUUAGUGCAGUAUAGCUCUGACCACCAGUGAGUGAUUAUGUCGAAUCCAGCCUCCCGUUUAGGCCCCACCGACAUGUUUGUGUCGUUUUCUCGCCUUUUUUGUGUUUCUAACCACUCAUCAAGAUCAUCGACUCCCCCCAUUCGCCUCCUGAAUCUCCCAUUUAGCCAAGAAAGGCGGUUGAACUCUUUUUUUCCCCCCGCAGAUAAAAAGGUGUCUUUCUCCUUCUCUACACCCUGCUCUCAGCCCGGCGGGGGGCGCCCCUCUUUGUGGCCGUUUGGUCACGGCCAAACUCCUACUCGCUCAAUAAUUCCGUUUUUGGCUCCAGUACAGGCAGAAAGCCCCCCUCUCCCUCUCUCUGUCUCUGUGUCUCCUGUUUUCCUCUCUCAAACACGCACACAAUGGAGACGUUACGGCUGUCUAACAGGUGUCUAUUGUUGUGCGCGUUUUAACUGCUGGAAAUGAGCGUAAACUUUGGUUGUGCGUAACCGUGCGCGCUCCCACAUUGUUUGUCUGUUGUGACAUGUAAUUCAGGAUAUGAGGGGGGGAGGAUUUGUUGUUCUGGGCCUUCUAGCCUCUUGACUGUCACGUGACGCUCAGAUUCACGCACACAAUCGUGUUUUUAUCGUUUUCAGGUUGAUUCAGGCUGAGGUGGGAGCUUAAUUCCAGGCCAAAUGGCAGUGGGUCACAUCUAGAUGUCAUGUUGUGAGUUGGUUUGUUAAUGCCGAAGUGAAUUCAGAGCCUUUUGAUGAGCAUUUGGCCUCAACAGAAAGACACAACAAACCUUUACUUGAGUUUGAAGUAUGGAGAGAUUGGAUUCGAUCUAUUUUUCUAAAUAUCAAGUCUGAGUUUGAGUUUGAGGCAGAGCUCUCCUUCUAUAUCCGGAUCAACCCAACAAGUCAUUUGGAGCUUUUUUUAAAAAUACCUUUCUCACAGAGCCAGAGUCUGAAACCUCCUCCUCCUCCUCCUCCAUUUUAGAGCAAAUGAGUAUGUCAUUCCACUUGGCGUGUCAGAUUUGAUUUUGGGGGAAGAAACAAAGAAAAGGGAAAAGAAGGGAAAGGGAAGGGAGCGCGUCCCUCCGAGCAAAUGGAGGCCUCAGGGCUGCAGCGGGCAUUCCUGCAGAAUUAGCAUUGUGUGCAUGUGUGCAUUCUUUGCGUUCUGUCUGGGUGAGAAGUUCAGAGGUAAAAGGUAAGGGGGUGAUAUCAUUGUGGGACCAGACGCCUCUUUCUCUCUGCAGGUAGAACCUCUUUUGUGCGAGAACAAUCCCUUCAGUUUGUGGUCCAAAUAAAUCUCUCAUAUAGACGUAAAAACUCUUUAGACAUUUCAACUUGAGCGUUCUUUGUUCUCUUCAAUUUUUCCCUCGCCAGGCUGGAGACGUCGAUGACAAACUUUGAGUGGAAAACGCUGUUCUCGUUUUUCUGAAUAAAUGACACAACAACUUUUUAUUAUCCCUUUUCACAGCUUGUUGACAGUCCUCCUGCCUCUGUCUGUCUGAGUGUGUGAGUGUGUGUGUUAUUGUGUGUGUUUGUGUGAGCCGGUUAUUCCUCCCCGCUAGCAAAGAGAGAGAGAGAACCCCAAAGCGUGAAUAUCUUUAUUCAGCAGGUCAGCAGUAUGCUCCACAGCCCUCCUCGCCUUCCCUGCCUCUGUCUCUCAGCGAGUUUGUGUUCGUCCUCCUCGUUGACUAUUCAAGGAAGGAUGAAUGUUAGAAAUGUGAAGGCUGCGGGCCAGUCUAAUGCCUUUGUGUGUGUAGGCCGGGGGAGAGGAUAAAGAAACACUCAGAGUGUGUGUGUGUGUGUGUGUGUGUGUGUGUGUGUGUGUGUGUGUAUCAGAGAAGAAGAGAAAAAUCCCUGCGCAGGGCCCGCGGCUGUGUCGAUUAAACCUCAUUGUUGUUUGCGCUUUACUACUUUACUGCCCUUAUGCAUGAACCUCUGAAGAGAAAAAACAAGAGAAUGACCCCACCACCUCGCCCUCCACACACACACACACACACACUAACACACACACACACACACACACACACACACACACACACACACACACACACACACACACACACACAUCACAGCACACACACCUCCUUCUUCUGGUAAUCCAUUUUGUAGUUGGGAGGGAGAAACAAAAGCGAGGCCUGCUUUACAUGGUUUAUGUAAAAGGAGCGCUGCCUCUCCUCCACUGCAGUUCAUUAAGAGAUUACAUAGAAGCCCAAAGACCCUUUGUGACCGGGCAGCGACGGGGGCACCUCUGUGGGUCCUUUUGUGAAUGUGGGGGGGGUUAGAGAGAGAGAGAGAAGGAGGAGGUGGAGGAGGAAGGUGGGGGGACAGGCAUAGAGAUGCAGCUCCAUCAUGAAUGACUGACGAGGCCUUGUGCUGUAACGACGCCCUCCCCUCGCCCUCCUCUUCCUGAACCCCCCGCAGAGCCUCUAAUUUUCUUUUCUGAGAGAGAGAAAGAGCGAACGAGGAAGAUCAGUUGUUUUAAUUUAGUUACACUGAUCGACAGCUGGGCGGAAAGUGAAAUCCUGCCACCGCAGACGGCGCCGGGUUCACCCUGCCGGCGCUCCGGAGGUUGACGUGUCUUUUGAACAAUUAGAGAAGUCGAUGAUUGAGAUUGUGUGAGAGCAGGAGAAAGAAAAGAGGAGGAAAAAUGAUAGAAAUGAAUCAGAGAGCGAGAGGAGGAGAAGAAGAAAGCGUGGGGGCCCCGAGGGGGAAGGAGGGUAAUUAUGUCUAGGCCGGCUCAGAUCCCACAGGCCGGGAUUACCGGAUGAAAGGUGGGCCGAACGAAGGCAGACAGAACCGGAGAGGACGAAGGAGAGGGGGGAUAGGGUGACACUCAGCAUAAAGACACCCGUCCCCUCCACCACCCUCCACCGACAGAGGGCGAAAGCCGGGGCGCAGCGAAGAAUUGCAGCGGAUUAACCCCUCGCCAUGCCUCGGCUCGGCCUCUUUGUCUGCCGCCUUAAUGAAUCCUUGCGUUGCAGCUGGGAUUCAGAGUCAAACAGUUGCUCUUGAUCUGCAGAGAGUAUUCGCCUCUCCUCGGGUCACUUGGUGGGUCUCCAACCUCAGGGCCGCAGGGAGGGACUCGGUCAGGGCGGGUUAGACCAGUCAGGUGGUCAAAUUUAGGAGAAAAGGUGGAGAAGUUUCAGAGAUGUCAGUGUUUUUUUCUGGUGACAGAUGCAGCGGUCGUAACCUCUCAGGAAGUAGAUCCCCACGCCUCCUCCUCCUCCUCCUCCUUUUGGCUCCUUUUGCCCUAAACGUUUCCUCUCUCCUCCCCCAAACACAUCCACAGCAAACUUUAAGUUCGAAGAUAAACGAGGAAAACAGAUGUCGAGCUGUAAACUUUCAAGUCUGCGGUGAGAGUCACCCACCUGUGCGCCUGAAUCAGCAGAGAUGGUCACAUAUGGAAGAGACACAACCUUCAAUCUGACGAGUGAAAGUCAGAGUUUAACCUUUGAAAAGCACGAGUCCUCGCUUUAAGAAAACCUGUGAAAGCUUCCUCCUGCUGUCUGACCUCUUCUGCCUCGUCUUCCUCUUAUCAUAAAAGCCGAUUUGAUCUGUUUUAACUCUGACACUGAUGCAGAGAUUGUAAGGAGAGAGUUCAGCACCUGUGGCUGUUCUCACCCUCCGACAAAUGGCCCGACGGCGAGCUCACAGCUGAGGGAAACCUCCGUCCUGGAGCUGUUGGUGUUUGUUUAGCAGAAGUAUAAACACUGAUGGAGUUUCUCUGAUAAGUUUAAACUCCUGUGCUCGAGUAUUUCACAUAAAAUCAUCUGUUUAAGAGCUGAGGUUAUGUUGUUUCAUCAUGAAACCUCAAAAAUAUUCAAGUAUAAUCAUAAAAAAACAAAAAACUUUCUGAUUAAUCGACUGACGCUUCUCCUCUCUGCAGCCUCACAGUUAAACUGAAUCUAAAACAAACUUUUCUUGUAGCUAAAUAGUAAAAAAAUAUUUUAUUUACAUCUUUAACUUCUUAUAAAGUCAUUUUAGUUUGUUUUAGGAUUUUAGGAGAGAAUAAUUAAGUUUUCAAACUUUUUUAAUCACUAAAAGUCAUUUAACAAACUGAUUAAUCGAAUCAUGGUGUAACUGGAUUAUUAUAUAACAAUAAUACGACACCAAGCACCUUAUUAUUAAUUAAAAUAACAAAUUAACAUUCUUAGAAAGUAAAAAAAUAUAUUAUUUGGUUGUUUUAAUCUUUGAAAAGUUCAUGCUUCAGCAGUUAUGGCUCAUUUUAAUCAUUAACACACAAUUUAAUCAAUUUUUAGUUUGAUUUCAUGAUUAAAACACUGAAUUUUACAGUUUUUAGGACCAAAUGACAUUAAUAAACAUCAAACUAACUGUCUGUAAGUUUCCUAGUUUCAUUUAAAUGUUAAAAACUUUAAAAAAGAUGAAAAAAAAGUUGUGAAAACUUUUUAAAAUAACUUAAAACCGAUCACCAAUCGAUUAAUCGACGUGUAGAUCAAUCUGAAUACUGCUCAUCAAUAAAAUGAAAAUUUUCUGCAUUUUUAGCUCUAAAAGUAAAAAAAACAUUAAAAAUAUAAAUAAAGUGAGUGUUUGACUUCUUUAAGAGUUGAGGUUUAAAGCUGCUGCUCAUUAUUUAUUCAAUAAAAUCAAUAAACAUCCAAAUUAAUCGAUUAAAACUUAAAACCGAGUUGCUUCUUCAUAACAAUUACUUAUAAUUUUACUGUCAUUGUUUCUCUCAUUAUAACGUAUUAACACCAUUCUUGAUGUUUUUAAAGUUCUUGAAGUUUUUUUUAUUUUUUUCUGAUUUUUCUUAUUUUUUUUAAUCUAAAUUCUGAUGAUUAAUUGAUUAAUCGAUUAGGACUCAAAUGAUCAAGUGUGAAACAUUAAAAGUGGUGUUUUUGUGAUUUCAUUAUUUCUUUUUAAAAGUUUUACAGCUUGAAUAUUACAGCCUGGGGUGAUACUUCCUUUUUUAAAAACUCCUAAAAGUCGAAUGUUAUCGAUCAAACUUUGUGGAGAAGAAGGAAAAAACUUUAGCUCGCUUUAUAAAUAUCUAGAAAAAAAACAAGAACUCUAAUUAAUUUACUUUUUUUUUUAUAAAAUUAAGUUUUAUUUCACUAAAUCAUUCACUUUUAAUUUACUUUCUUAAAAAAAGUAAAAUGUCACAUACAGUGAAAUCGACUAAAUCUUGUUCUUAGAGAGAAAUCAGCGGAGAUAUUUGUGUUUUAUUUACAUUUACUGACCUAAAAGAGUUUCCCUUUGUAAACAGAAUAAGUGCUGAAGCUGCUUAUAUUCAGUUUUUAAGAGUUUCUGAGUGAGACGUCAUGAUUUUAAAGGUUUCAGUCGUGUUUUCAUGGAGGAGGAGAGUAAACGGUUAAAUCUGUGUAGAUACAGUCGAAGUUCCAGUUUCUCUAACAGAUCUAUAAAGUUUAGAUCCCAUGAGCUUCAGUGAAAAGAUCUGCUGUUAGAAAAAAAACUCUUUUCUGAAUCAGUCCUCGCAGAUAUGACUUAAAGUGUAUUAAGUGAACUCAUAUCUUGGUAUCGGUGCGCUCUGAGCCUCUCCGUCUCUCUUCAUUUUGAUUAAUCAGCCUUUGAUGCUUUUAGCGUCCAGACGAGCAGCAGACCUCGGUGAUAAACGGCUCUCAGCUCUUUGCUGCAGGAAUAUUUAUGGUGCGGGGAGUCUUCCUAAAGAAGGGGGCUUUUAUUUUGACGGAGAGGAGGAGAGGAGAGGAGGGGUGAAGGGCCAAGUGUGCCUUGAAGCAGGGUGGGGGGCCCGGUUGGAGGAGGAGGAGGGUGGGGGUCAAACACAUUUACAAUUAUAAGACAUGCAGGCUCUUCUGUGUCGUCGUCCCUCCCUCUCCGCCUGUUUUAUCGUCACGUCCAGGUGUCAUGUCACCGUCACACAUGUUUACUCGUCACAAACCGCACGGCGCAGGAGACAACGAACAGGCGUCCAUUUUUCCUUUUUUUUCAAAGCAGAAUAACUCAUUUUAUUUCGCAGUAAUCAGCCUCUUGGCAGCUCGUCGUUAAACCCACGUCUAAACCACAGUUUGAUUCUCCUCUGUCAGUUUUAUUGAAUGCUUUCAUUACACAGCACUUUGCUGUAAAUCAGCUGGCUCCGACACAGCAGCGUAACCGAGAGGAUGUCUUGUUUUCGUGCCCCUGGCUAAGGCAGAUCUUGUUUUUUUUUAAAUUGUAAAGACGGUGAAAGAGCAGGAUGCUACCAUUAAGAUAUAAAAUAUCAUAUUCAGUCAGGAGCAGCAGAGAGCAGAGCGGGGCCCACACACCCACUCUGAUUGUAUGUGACAGAAUGAGAUGAAGACAUGAGGGAGACGUCUCCUGUAGCUCUGGCAGAUCUCUCGGUUUCUUCUCUUUGUGUGUGAAGUUCUCUCUCUCCUUCUGUUCGCUCUGUGUAGGUUUACUCUCAUUAUUCCUGCGUGCAGAACCAAACAGUGGAAAGACUUCUCCAGUUCAACAUGCACGGACAUUACACAAUCUGGGUCAUAUUGUAAGAUUAGCCACGUUGUUUUUUUGUUUGUUGAAGUUUAUCCCGACUCUUCCAGGUUAGCCCCUCCUUGCAAACUUCCACUAACGUCCACGUCGUCCUCACUCUGCUGCUUUCUCCACCGUCAUGCACGUUAUAGAAGUCAUAUCCUCCCUCCUGAGACUCAGCUCUGCAUUAAUGCAACAUGCAGGGCUUUAUCCUGAGCGAUAUGCAGCUAAAUAACUGCAGGAGGCGACUUCAGCUGUCAGCUUGGAGAGAAAGUCAGACGCAGGGUGAAAUUUUUAAAUUAUGGCCAAAAAAUUCACUUUUUUUAUGGAGCUGAAAUGUUUAAAAAAAAAACAAAAUAUAUUUAUUGAUCUUGUUUCAUACAUUAGAUGUUUUUGGAAACUGAUAAACCACAAGAGGACAUUUUUAUCAAGGUGAUUUUUAGUCAUUUGUUGAUCAUAUUGAUUUGACAGAAGUACGUAUCAAAUAUGAUACAAAAGUCAGAGUUGUAAAUGCGAGGUUAAUUUGACCUGUGCAUGAGAAGAAACAUAAUCCAGGUUGUAUAUUUUUAUGAAUUCAGUGAUUAAAGUAAACGUCUGUGCAGUUUGAGUUUCUGUUGCUGAGUCAGUUUGUUUCAUAACUCCCAUAAACUCCGAGUCCUCGUAUUCGAUCAAAUAUCGGUCGGUCUUGUCGUCCCACAAAAUCAGCCGAAGCUUUUUUCUCCAGAUAAACAAAGGUCACCGUACCCUUUACUUCACCCACACACACACACACACACACACACACACACACACACACACAUUUACACUAACAUGUGGAAUCAGCACAUGCAUGCAUGCCUGCUUUCACCUCUGUGUAAACACACACAUGCCCACCACAUCCACGCAUGAGUGGGUCCCUGUAACCUCACACACACACAGGAGGUCAAUGCAUACACAUACAACAGCAUAUUAUCCCUGCUGCUUCAUACAUACCAACACACAGAUGUGAUCUGCAUAGACAUACAUCCUCUCUCUCUCUCUCUCUCUCUCUCUCUCUCUCUGGACACACUGAGCGGCUGAGUGUGUCCUCAGGGGAAGGAGGAAAUAUUCGCUCGGCCUAGUUAGCCGCUCUCUCUCUCUCUCUCUCUCUCUCUCUCUCUCUCUGUGUGUGCAUGUGAGAUCCUUGUGUGUGUUUGCGUGCGCUCACUUGUGCACACGCUCCUGCUGCCCUGAGCGAUGGCGAUGAUGCAUGCUGUUAGAGGAAGAAGAGAAAUAAUGUAUGUGUCUGUUUCUGUGCGAUUGAACGACAGCGACGCAGAAAAGAGGCAGAAAUGAUGUUUCUGUGAGAGCGCAGCCUUUAUGUUUAUAUAUAUAACUGAUUAUGCGUUGGAUUUUCCCCCCGCUAUUUCAUUUAGCGCUCUUUGUUAAUUAUGAAUCGACUGCGCCUCGCCACCGCUCCCCUGUGUUCAGGCUCCCCUGCUGCCCCGCGGUGCCUCUCUUUGUAGUCAGGAGGAAGGAAAAAAACAGUAAAAGCUUUACGCCGCGUUCAGGCGUCAACGUGAGAGGACUCAGAGCGGCUGACGGGUGCUCGGUUUUCUUCUAGGAGCAAAGGUCAAAGGUCACUCUCAGGUGUUUGGCCUGGAAAUCCAUUUUAUUUUAAUAUUUGUGCAGAGGAAGGGUGCAGAAAUAAAAACUAAGAAGCUCAUUAGCAGCUUACAUAAUCCGUCAAUACUCAUAAUUGGUGUCAGAAAAUGACAGCAGCAGCGAGAGUUUCUUAUGAAGAUGAAAACAGCCAUAAAGAGCGAGAGUGUAAGUGAAAUCUGCUGGAUAAUAACAGUAAAAAAAAACAGAUGAAAUAAAGACUUAAAUCAUCAAUAAUUAAAAGGAGAAGCUGGUCUAUUGUCUCGUCUCUGUAAUUGUAAACAGACGGUCCUUAAAUUCAGAAAGUCUGUUCAGAAAAAAGACGCAGAUUCACUUCAAACGAGGAUUUAUCAGCUGCUGUUCAGACUAAAGAUGAUACUAUCAGUGUCGCAAGAGUUUCAGGACUGGAAAUCGAUCAAUACUUUGAUUUUGCAGUCACCCUGAAGUUCAUUUGAAACUUGGAUGAAUCAUGAAGUUUUCUCUAAGACAAGAAAUGCAUGAAAAUGUCACGUCAGCGUUUGGAUUGAUGCUCCAAAAACAGAUUUUGGUAACGCUUUCUUUUACGGUUCACUUAUUACCAGGUAAUUAACAGGUAAUUACCAAGAAAUUAUCUGGUAAUUACAUGAUAACUACUAAGUCAAUACUGUCUAGCCACCAGGUAGGUAACCUUCCAGGAUUUCCAGGAUUUUCCCGGCUUCCUGGAACCACCGCUUGCGUAGUAGCGUUGUACACAUUCGGCGGGUGAGUCGCUGUGAUGACGCUCGGCUCAAACAGCGAAUCGCUACGCAGAAAAUAAGAACCCAAAUAGAUUUUGAAAAUGAAGCUGCACAGAAAAAAGAAAAAAAGAAAAACUAGACAGUAUUGACUUAGUAGUUAUCAUGUAAUUACCAGAUAAUUUCAUGUUGUUACUCUGUAAUUACCUGUUAAUUACCUGGUAAUAAGUGAACCGUAAAAGAAAGCGUUACAGAUUUUUUAUUCUCAAUCAGUGAUCAGUUUAGUUUCGGACUAAUCCCCUCAUAAUUUCAUGCGUUCAUAUCCCUCUCCUGUGCGAAGGUCACAUAUGAUGAUCAGCGUGUCGGACUCAAACGUCCCGAUCGUAUCUGCGGUGUUUUCAUUAAUCCUCCUGCGGUGCAUUUCUCUCUAUUUCGCUGCACCGGUCUUCAUGACACGCCAUUAAAAAAGCCUCCCGGGCGUCACAGUUAACAUUUCAAAUGAUAUUUAAGCACACCUCACACUCUGAAUAUGAGUGUGUGUGUGUGAGAACAUGUGCAGUCAGGGGAGAGCUGCAGGGGGAUCAGACUCCUCUCAGACUAACGACAACAUUAUUUUACUUUUGGAGAGAGUUUAGGGAAAUUUCACUCUCUGACAAAUCCCCUCCAGCUCUCUGUGUUUCUCUGCUCCCCCUCUUGUCGCUCACGCUUUUAAUAUCGUUUUUUAAUUUUCUGUUUUGCACGCCAACGUCUUCGUAUGGGGGGGACUGAGAGCGCCGCCCGCUCCUCAUUUAUCCCCUUAAUUAUUCUCUCUCUCCUCGAUGCUGCAGAGAGAGAGAGAAAGGCGCUGUGAUUUCAUCCUCAGAUAUGAGGGUCACUUUGCACCACACGCACAAAUUCAUCACACCAUCCGCCAUUAUCCGCCAUCAUCUAAAAUUAAUGAACACAAUCAGUAAUUACCACAUCAAUAAUUAAGCUGACUUCUCUUUUUUGUGGAGAGCUCGAUGGCAAACACUCCAAAAAUGAAAAUGCAUAAUGAAUGACUUCUCCUCACUCGUCUCUUUCUCUGCGUCUCCUUUCAGAUUCGUGCCAGGCCAAGGCGUGGUUUUGUACCCCCAGAUCGGGGAUAAGUUGGACAUUGUGUGCCCCCGCGUGGACGGAGGGGUGGGCGACGGUGUGGAGUAUUACAAGGUGUACAUGGUGCCCAGGGAGCAGCUGGAGAGCUGCACCAUCACCAAGGCUGACACGCCACUCCUCAACUGUGUCAAACCCGACCAGGACGUCAAGUUCACCCUCAAGUUUCAGGAGUUCAGCCCCAAUCUUUGGGGCCUGGAGUUCUUCAGAGGGAAGGACUACUACAUCAUCUGUGAGUACACGUCUCCCCCUGAAGGGCCAGUAAAUUAAGUCCUGCAUAAUUUAAGGGGAAAAGUGGCCUUUUAAAGAGUCGGGCGAGGUAGAAGAACCAGCUGCCGGUGACAUGUGUCAGACGUCAGGGUCAGGUUUGUCGUGCAGGUCCACUAUUUUUAAACCCGGGCUUUUAUUUUGGCAGAUUUAGGGAUCAUGAUGACUAAAAGGUACAAACGCUCAGAGACUUCAAGCUGAAACAUGCUGCGACUUUAUCCUCGGGGUUGAUCACAGCGGACUCUCUAAAGUCUUGAGUCACUCACAGGCGGCUCAGAUUGGUAUUUUAAGUGUUUGACAACAAGAGUGAAUGUCACCCUCAGAUAUAUUUAAUUCUGCAGAAGUGAGACUCUUCUUUAAAAACCAGGAUGUCUCCUUUUAAAGUCACCGAAAAGCCAAUUUAGAGAAAAGGAGAGAAAUUCUGCUCCCAGACCGAAGAGCUGCUCGUCUGCAGAUUUAUUUGUUUUUGUCUUGAUCCAGGUUAGCCUUCUGCAAAACAAAGUCGUAAAAUAAAUUGACAUUUUUCAGGCGGUGGUGGAGCAGCUACUGCAGGUCUUGUUGUCAGUCUGGGAUUUGUUUGUGUUUAAUGAUGAAUUUUUGGGGCGGGGAAUGAGGGUGGACAUGCACCAAACCAUGUCAGGAACUCUAGCUGUUAAAAAAAGAACAUUUCAGUCUUUAAAAAAAGAGUCGGUCUCUGCAGGGAAACACAGAUAAAAAAAAGUGAACUGCAGUCCUUUCAUUUCCUCGUCCUGCAGUCAGCCGACACGGAGGAGGACACGUCGGAGAUAAACUGCAGCAGAUAGAUGAAGCCGAGGUCGAAGUUUAGGGUGAAGUUGCUUCUUCAGCUCGUAACUUUUCUCUUUCAAACCACAAAUGAGGUUGUCCGGAGGGUCCUCCAGAUCCUGCAGAUAUACGAGUAAAUAAUUCAGCUUCAUUUGAAGUCGGAUCAUUGGCAGGAGAGGUUUUUAAAGAUUCUGCUGAUGGGAUUUAUUUCAUGUAUUAGUCAAACCGCCCAGAUCGAAACGAGGAGUAGUUUGAAGGUUUAGAGACUCAAACCGACAUGAGAAUGACUCAGCAGUCUCACGGCGAAGGUGUGGCCGAUUCCCUGUGAUGUGCGCACGGCAUCCUGGGAGGAAGUUGCGGUGGGGUUUUAGUGGCGGCCCCCUGGUUUGAAAACACGGGAGGUGGACUGAACCAUCUGUGUGGCGCUGAUGGGGGGUGCGCUGCAGAUAGGACCAUCUGUGAGGCUCUGCAACAGCCAUCUGUGAGCUGUCACCCAGAGUGGAGGGCCAUAUUUCUGAGUGGGGAAAGAAAGGAAGAGGAAAGAGGAGCAGGAAACACUGAUUAUGAUCCAAACACUUCCUCCUCCGCCGCCGUGCUGGAGGAGGAAGAGGAGGAAUCAGGCAAAACAAACGUACAACACGCCGCACUGUACUUUAAACCGCCUCCUGCAGACGCUUUCAAAUAUUAUUCUGGGCUCUGCAGAGCUCCGAGGUCCUGCAGAGAGAUCUGUCAGGCAGCUGUUUGAGCAGAAGAGAGAAAAAAAACAGGUUCACUGACACAAUAUGUUCAUUCAGCUCCGCUUCAGGUGAUUUCUAACCAACAGAAACUGUCGCUGAUGUGUCGUAGCUGCAGGAUAUUUGCGUGGCAGGGCACGUCCCGCUGUGUGAGGCUCUAACAGGUGUUCAAGUGGUCGUGCGGGUGAGACACGUAGACACCAAACGAAGCCGGUUUAAAGAGAGAAACUCUUCUCUGAUGACAUUUGUGGAGAGAAUAUUUACAGUAGAUCUUUUCUGCACAGAUAAGAGCCUCAGAGAGCCUCAGAAAACUGCUUUACCAGACAGAUAACUUCAUCAAAACAAGAUAACGUUAAAAAAAUGAUAAAAGCACUUCAUAAAGUCAAACACAAACAUUUAGAUGCACUUAAAAAUGCAAAAUACUCAAAAAAACUAACAACAUCUGGAGUGAUAUGUUGCAGAUAAAAUCUACCACUGUAGGAACUAGCUUUGUCAUUUCUUCUGCAGAUAUUAAAGGGUUAAAAUAAUCUUUCUAAACUUCCUCAAACCUUCCUGUACUCGACAGAAAUGUCAAUAAACUCUUUCUGACCAAUCCCAGGUUUAAUUUUCUGCAGUUAUCGUUGAGAAAACCUCCGCUCCUCCACUCCUCCGCCUUCUGCUGCGUCUUCUUGUCACAUAAAAUAUACAUGGAUACCUGACAGGGCUGGAUGCACACAUAAAUACACCUGUGUGAUCAUCCACACCCACAGCAGCAGCAUUAGAUGUGGUCUGUGUGAGCGAGUGUGUGUGUUCGAGGACUACAAAGGCUUCAGACUGAAGAGACGCAGACACCAUCCGCCUCCCUCCCUCCCUCCCUCCCUCCUCCACCAUCCGCCCAAACGCUGUCGUUAAUUAUUGAUGAGCCGAUGCUGCUGUUUACUUAUCCCUGAUCUCUCAGAGCUCGGCCCGGGUCCUGCCGCUCGGAGUCAUCACAAAGUUCUGGAUCAGAAUCUGAAAGGAAUCCAGAGUCUGCAGAUGAACGCUCUGGUUUUUGUGACACAAAAACCACAAUCAUGGAAUAUCUGAGAAAAUUGUGUUCGAUUUUCCUCCAGAUGCAGAAGGUUGAGUGAAGUUGAGGAGACGUUUGCAGGUACAUGUCGGUCUAUGUUUGAAGAGACACACUCACACACGUCGUCCCUCAGGAGAAUCUUUCUGUUUUUCUCCUCUCUAUCAAAGCCUGAGCAGACCAGAAUAUUCGAUUUCCGAGCGCCUGCCGUAAAAGCCCUCCUCUUCAUCAGCCUGCCGACUCGACAAGUUGGAACAGAGGGAACGCUGGGAAAGUUCAAUUCAGAACUUUAAAAAGAGGGGCUGGAAAAAUCCAAUUUUGCACUUCUUGCAAAUCCCCCUUCUUUCUCUUUCUUCACCAAAAUCUCCCCGCUCCUCUUCCUCCGCCGCCAUCCCGCCUCCUUCUCCAGAUCCUGAAAUGCUAAUGCUUAGCCUAAAGAGGGGAGAGAGGGAGCUGUUCCUCCGCUGGAGCGUGUCACGUUUUGCUGUUAAUUGCCUCUUCUUGGCGAGCUCUGGCCUCCAGUCCUGCAGCUUUAACAGCCCACUGCAGCUGCAUUGUGGCGCUGCGUUGUGGACUCAGUGCUGUGUUUUUUUAUUUUUUAUUUUGAAGCAGCUCCAGCUUUGCAUGGGUAAACAACACGGAGAGAGGGAAGCACAAACACAAACAUCAGAGAGAGAGAGAGAGAGAAACACACAGAGGUGUGCGUGGGUGGAGUCACAUUCAUGUUUUAUUUGCUGCGGUGGUGAGUGUGUCUCUGCUGGUGGGCGUAAAAGGUAUCAGAACUAAUAGGAGCACAGAGAAACUCAGAGGGGGGUGAGAGUGAAGAAGAGCUGCAGAAAGAGGAGAAGAGGAACUUCUUUACUGCAGAGGAACUUUGAAGUGAUUGUACAGAGUAUCAACCUUAACUUAGAGUCAAAUCAAUAAUCUUUAAAUACGUAUUUGAACUGUGAGGGCUGUCCCGUUACGAUAUUGAUAUCAGGUAUCAGUCCCAAAAGCAAAUAUCAGAUUAUAUCGACCUGCAUCUAAAAUCUCCGAUAUGAAGAAGUCCAUUCCAGACUCCACUCCGGCUCCUCUAUCUAGCAGCGCCUGGAUCCAGCAUGUAGAGCCCAUGUGAUCACAGCAACAGUGUGUACUAAAGUACGAACAAAGUACCAAGGAGUAGGAGUGAUGUUGGUCCUGUCCGGAGUCCGAAAAAGACGUAGUAGCUGAGUGAAAAACUUGUCAUGCAAAAGUUUGUGCCAAUAUCGCUAUCGGCCGAUACUGAAGGAUGCGAUAUUGGUAUCAUAUCGGAAGUAAAAAAGUUGUAUCGGGACACCCCUAAUAAUCUUCUGUUGGGUGGAGAAUGUGUUGUUUUGUCUUGUCGGCUGCAUCACCUUCAUCCACUCUGCAGUUUUGCUCUUUAGCCGCUCUCAGAUUAUCAGAGUGAUUUAGCUUCUCCGUCCCAUUUUGUUCUGAUUUGUUUUUUUGCAUCACGUCACAUUCAUGAUGAACAAACACGAACAGAGAAGCUAAAUCACCCUGAUACAGGCGUCUGUCUCAGUCUGUGAGCAGACAUGAUCAAAGAUAAACCAACACAAGUGUAAAUAUCUGAGAGUUUUACUUCUUAUUUAAAGAUUAUUGAUUGGACUCUAAGUUAGGGGUGAUACUCUGCACAAAAUCCUCCAUCGAAGAGGUCCAUGAUCUCAGAUCCUACUCUUCAAACUUCCUCUGCAGUAAAGAAGUCGCUCUUUUCCUCUAUCUGCAGCUUUUCCUCACUUUCACCUCCAUGUUGCUCUGAUUUGUUUUUUUGCAUCGUGUCACAUUUAUGCUUGGACAAAUGCAGUCAGGAGUCGCCUUUUCUAGUCAUCUUAAAAAUGACGUCUAUCUGAUGGUGUGGUAGAGUAAAUAUUAGAUUAUUCCCUUAAGUUUCAAGGACAAAGAAGUAGAAAUUUGUGCCAAAAUGUCGUAAAAGUUCACAUUAAACUUUAGAUCAUGACACAUGCUCUCCUCCUGAGCGUCCCCGCCCUUUGCUCCUCCUUUCUAGUGUUGGUAUGCAGGCUUGUACCCGCCCCCCCCCCCCUGAGCUGUCCGGCCUCCAUCAGACUGUGACACCGCCUCAGAAAACUCCGCACGAGGAGGAUUUCAUUAGUCUUGUGGAGUGAGCACUCGAUACGUAAUUAAUUAACCGCCUUUUAAUCCCCCAUUUCUUCUCACAAUCACCGAGGCGGCCUGCACAUCAAUGCUGCCCAUCGGAGUCUCCACCGAUUGGAUUAGUGCUGCCUCGCGUUCAUCAGUAUUGUGGCGGCGCACAGACCCAGAUUGGAUGGAAAGUCUCGACCCCUCCUCCAACUUAAACCCCCCCCCUAACUCGAGCAUCAUCAGGCCGCAGUGACUGUCUCAUUUGGGGCUUUUAUUUUGAAGGAUGACAGGCGCUCAGGUCUGUUUGCGGUGCAGCAGUGUUUGUGUAUUGUGUAAAAUAAGUGUGCAAACUUAUGUGUGUCCUUGUGUGCAGAUUCCCCCUGUGUGUGUUUGUGUGUAUAUGUUGCGUGCACAUGUGUGUUCGUGAGUGUUGCUGCGUGGCCUUUUUAAAGCGGCGGUGCACAAUGCUGCUCCAGUUGAGAGCAGAUGAGUUUGAUGUGAUUGUUUGAGGCAGCAUGGCCCGCAGCCGAGAAACUAGCGAGCUAGAUGAUUACAUGAUCUAAAGAGGGAGAGAGAGAGAGGGAGAGAGAUGAAUGAGGAGGGAAAGGGGGCAGAAAGAGUGACGUCAGAGAGCGAGAGAGCGAGAGAGGGAGGAGGAAAGAGAGCUAAAUACAGAGAGAGAGAGAGAGAGAGAGAGGAUGGAGCUAAAGAGCUAAAGAGAAACAGGGGCACGGUGAGGAGAUGAGCUGAAGAGGGCAGAAGAAGGACAGAUCUGAGUUUACAGAGAAAUUUCAUCACGACUUUAUUCACCUUUGGCCUCCGACGCCACAGAAAAUAGUCCCGUCAGCAGAAGAAGAAACACGCCUCCUAAAAAGCUGCAUGUUUAAAAGAGAGUUAAACAAACAAAAGCAUCUUCACACUCACAAAAAUCUAAUCCUGCUCAUGUUUUGACCCAAAUAUCGUAAAAACUUGAUACUAAAAGACUUUAAUGACAAAUUUUAAUCGGCUAAAAUUACGUGAUCACAGUUUUGGACACGAGCUGGAGGCAAAGAAGAGGGAGACGCACCAUUUUCCCCUCUACGGGUGGGGGAAAGGCUCAAAAAUCACUUUUUGCAACUUUUUAGUCGUUUUUAUUUCUUGUCAAAUUUAUAUUUCAUCGAUAUUUGAUGAACUAGAAUAACUCUCUCAUCAUGUUCCUGUUUUGUUUGAGAGACCAGCAGUGAUUGGUCGUCAUUCGUUGGGUUUCGCUGUGACCCGGCUCUGCCCCGGCCUUGUUCUCAGGGUCACCUGGGUCCCGAACACGAUGGCGCCCCCUGUCUCUGCAGAUUAGUGCGCUCUGCAGUGACGGCUCCUAACUAGCUCAUAACCCCGGCGCUGCGAUGACGGCUUCACGCUCCACAGAAACCUGAUGGACGGCAAUUACUCCCGGCGUUUAGAUCAUGGCUGCCUUUGUCUCCUCCUCCUCUUCUUCCUCUUCUUCUUCUUCUUCUUUUUCUCUAAAUCUCUCUCCGUCUCUCUCUCUCUCUUUCUGCCUCGCCUGCUUCUCAGAGCCAUGCUGCUCUCUUCCACUAUUUAUGAGCGGCACAGCAUUGUCUUUCGGCGGUGCAUUGUGUAUUAAUUAUACCCACAGAAUUUGGCAAAUUCGACGCAGCAGAUUUCAGAGGGAAGUUUUUCAGGCUUUGUCAGACUCCUCUGGACGACAGACGGUUAUGAAAAGCUCGUAAAAAUGGUCGAUAAAGACUCAGAAACCACUCGAUGAAAAGUUGACCUUUUAGUGACACUAAAACAAUCAUUUACGCCGAAUCAGAUUCAACAAAAGUGCUAAAAGUGAGCAUGUAGUUUCAAAAUAAAAGACCCAUCAGUUAUUCGAGUCCACGUGUUUUUCUGAACAUCUCUGUCUGAUCCACUUCGCUCUCAUUUGGUCACAGCCAGCCAAUGAUUUUUCCUGAUGACCUUUUCCCGCCCGUGUCGGCGUUCAUGUGUUUGUGCGUGUGAUCGCACGGGACCAAAACCUCGUCUCGACCACAUCACCGGUUAAAAAGCAUCGAGAAAAUAGACCCUGCGCAGCCACAUAAUCAGCACACACAGAGUCGUGUGAACUGUUGUUAAAUCCUCAGCAGGAUUUUUGACUUUUGCACGAGUUUGACGAGCUUUUAGAGUCUCAAAUAAACGAAUUUCACUCCUCUCAUGAGAGCACUUUAAACCAAGGCUACUCCUCUUAAGCCGCCUGUUCUAUUUUCUCUGUGAAUUACGGCGUAUAUGGCUGUUAUUCAGAACAAUUAACACUCUAUAGAAGGCUGCUCUUGCAGCGAUGCGUGGGUUGUUACUCAGCUUGUUCUUCACAAAGCAAACUGAAGAAAGCUUUUCGAUUUUUGCCAAAAGAGAGCCUCGGAUAGAAAUCUUUUCUUUGCAUCAGAUGAAUGUGUUCAUUUAUGUCUGGAUGCACGAGUUAUUUAUUGUUUUUAUGCAUCUGUUGCUUUUAUGUUUCAUGCUCAUAAAAACCUGCAAAAAAUCAGAUUUUUUUCACAGUCAUUUCCCCUUUUUUUGUUUCUUUGUUUGUUUUUAUGUGCAGACUUCCUCUUUUUUCUUCUUGUUUCUCCUUUUUUUAUGGUUCCCGGUCACAAAAGCAGAAGCAGUGCGUUCAUUCUCCUCCUUGUACUCCCUCUUCUCCUCCACCUCCCCGCCUGUCCUAAGUCUUAUCUGACCACCAUAAUACCUGCAAUAUUUCUGAGGAUCUCGUAUGAACCGCUUCUAUCCCUCUCCCCCCUCUUUUCCUCCCUCAGCAUGUUCCCCCCCUGGGCAGCACGGAUUAGCCGGUUAACUCUAGCCAGCUCGUCUGUCAGCCGCUCCGGCCCGGGCCUGGACUGAGGAGGGCCAAGUCAUUCAGCCGACUCAACAAUCACAUUCUGUUUAAAUCCAAGUCAGGCUUCUCCUGACUGCAGCUCUGGCACACAGAGUCUGCGUUUUCCUCCGCAUUUAAAGGGGAAGAUUUGGAGUUUAAGAGGAAUUUUCUCACAUUUCGAUAAAAAAAAAAAGAGUUUCGUGAAGCUCGGCGAGGUUGGUGUUUUGCUAACUUCUGCGUUGAUGUGUUAAAUGAUUUAAUCGAGCAAAAAGGGUGAAGGCGGGACGACAGGACAAAGACCGGAGGGGGCACAAGUGGCCUAAAUACACCUUCUGUGCGGCACGGUGACCUCUGACCUCUCAGGCUCAAGCGGCUUGAGCGUGCGUGCACCCGGACGCGACUGUGCGAACGCAGCGUCGUCGUGCCAAUCACCCUGCAAAGUAAACAGUGCUAAUGUGGUUAGCGACAUGGUGCCGGAUUGUAAAAUUCAUGAGUGUUGUGCUAACAGGUUUAUGAAAUGAGCACACAAACAAGCACACGCGCACACACUCACAAACACACACACACACAGGAGCGCAAGCCUUUAAGGAGCUUUGUCUGUAAUGUGCUUUUCGGGCUCCGUCGGAAAGCCAUAGGUCAGCGAGAGAGGGAGACGGGGGAGAGAGGAGGAGAGGAGGAGGAAAGGAGGGGAGGGAAGGAGGCCUUGUUAACAUGCUCUUUGUGUCCGCUCCCAUCACCGUCUUAUUGCAGCGAGGGGAUUCGGAUCAAGAUGAUUGGUGGCGGGGAGGGCGGAAAGGGAGGAAAAGAGAGAAAAGGGACAACAAGGAGGAGGAGGAGGAGGAGGAGGAGGAGGAAGUGGCACAGCUUCAUUUUUCAAAGCUCUUUCCUCCUCACAGAGGCACCUGCCUUUCAAUCCGCCUGGAGAUGAUGAUGGGUGGGAAUGUGCGUGGGUGGGUGGGUGGGUGGGUGACGCCGGGACGAAAAACAACAGGGUUUGAGGAAGAAGGUGGCGGCAGAAAGGUGGAAAGAGGAGGAAACCGGGCAGGACGGGGUGUUACUGAAGAAGGAAGGAGGGAGAGGAAGCAGAGGGGAGGGGGGUCAGCGCGGCGGUGGCGGUGGGAGAGGGGGAGUCGCAGUGAAUGCGGGCCACUGCGCUCUGGCGGGAAGCCAAGCCGCUAAGCCCCGGCAGCUCGUUAGCCUCUGUGUUACUGACCUGAUAAACCACAAGCCCUACUACCCCCUCCUCACCCUUUUACUCCCCCCUCCCUCUUUUCCUGCUGGUUCACCGUCCUAACUCAUGAUCUCAGCUAGCUGCACUUCUGCACAGGAGCCACCGGGGGCAGACUCAUGAAGCUGUUUGACUUUUUAAAUGACAGAGAAGAAGAAGAAUCAGGUUGAUUAAACAUCAUUUUUUAAUUUUCAGACUCUGAUCUGUUUUAGUCCGACGAAGCUCAUCUAGGAGCUCAUUCGGUGGAUUUUUCAGGUCCUGUAUUUGCCGACAAACUCACUCCAACAAUCCUGGAAACAGAGAAAAUAUGUACUGUACUAGAAGUCACUCUAAUCUUCCGGUUUAGCGUAAUCUCACAGUCUCUCUGAGCUCAUUUUCAGGCUGCAAAGAUUAGAGUUUUUUGGGAGGAUUUACUCUCCUGCCUCUUUCUCUGCACAGGAAUCAAACCUGAGAAGAACCUGGAGAUGAGACACGAUGAAUAUCGAACUCCAAACACAGAGUCUGUGUCUUUUAGUGAAUGUGUUUGACUAGACGACAAUUAAAAAGACUUAGGAGGAGAAUCUGAAACAGAAAUAACGGGAUGGUGAAAUUGAAGUGUAAGGCUUUUAUCUGUUAAAUCAGAAAAAGGUUGAAAUUGCAGCGUUUCGACUCUGUGAUCUACUGCAGAGUCCACUCUUUCAGUGAGGGAUGAUGGACAGAGUGGGAAGAGAAAGAGAGAAAGGACUUACAUUGAAUACUGGAGUCCAACCUGGGCCGCACAUGGGGCACGCUAUUUAACUACUAGGCCAAACCGGCGCCCCCCGUGCGGCUCUUUUCACGCCAUCUGUUUCCACCAGGUGGGGUUUUGUAGUCCUGCACGCUCUCAACUCCACCGUUUACUCCUCGUCUUAAACUGAGGAGUCUUUUCAGGUGUAUUUACUCGAUAGUAAACAAUAAUUCUUGUAACGUAAUCCUGCAGUAGAUGAAACCUCUUUUUUCCGCACACAGACCGGUUAAAUCCCUUCGAUCACACGUGGGCCGUCUCGCUCCGCCCCUCCAGAUUCCUGCAACAUCUGCUGCCGUCCCUUAAACACGGCGUUUAGCAUCUCACUUCUGUUUUCUCCUGUGUUUAAAGGAGGUUUUCACAUCCUUUAAUCUCUUUUUAUCUGAGGACCAUCCAGGUUUUUAUCACCUCCCUCUGUUACCUUCAUUUCACUGCCUCUCCUGGAGAAGCGCCCUAUUUUUAAUCAACGUUCCCUCCUCCUCCUCCUCCUCUCAUGUUAGCACACCUGUUUUUUCUUCAUGUCGGUGUCAGCAGAUCUCUCUUUCUUCUUCAUCCUGGCAGCGAGCUUUUACAAACCUGUUCUGGCUCCCUCUCUCUGGAGUCUUGUAAGCACUAAUGCAGGAUAAGCCACCUAAAUUUCAUGCCAACAUGGACGCUUCCUCUGCAGCCCCCCCGUCCUGUUGUCUCCCCUCGCCUCCUUUAACGGCCUCCUUGACGAGGCCCAUCAGCACAGUUAGAGAUAUUACCGUCACAAUUACUCAGCCUAAUUGACUUUGGGGAUGUGAAAUAUUCAGCCUGAGUGCAGACACUGAGGUGAUGAGCAGGUGAAUUGUGAUUUUAUUAAAGGGGGAGAUGGCUCAUUUGGCUCCUCUGCAGCGGGCGUUCGCUGCCUCUGUUGUCUUUGGGAAGUGGCUGUUUUUCUGAGAUAAGCUUCACGAGUGAACAACCGGGAUCCUACAAUUACAAGAACGUCUUUUUUUUUUACAUCAUAAACAUUAAAUUUGAAUCUUAGUGCUCGAUGUAAGAGAAAAUAAAUCUGCGCAAAAGCUUAAAAAGGAUCAAAAUAAACAUUAGCAAACAGAAAUGCUCACUGCUAAUCCGCUAUGAGAGAAAAUGUGUAAUUUUCCUUACCUCCUCUCUGUGUCUCCUCUGCAGCUACAUCUAACGGCACCAUGGAGGGCAUUGACAACCAGGAGGGGGGCGUGUGCAAGACCAAGUCCAUGAAGAUAAUCAUGAAAGUGGGACAAAGUAAGUAUUUCAUUAUCACUGCAGCGAGCGCCUGCAGGCAGAGCGAGCAGAACGUGUUCACCGCCACUGUCUCAAAAUGCCCGAAUAAGGUCAGAGGAGGCUGUGCAGCAAACGGCUCCAUCGUCUCCAUGACACCUGGGGCUGCGAGGGGGCAGGAGAUGUAAUCUAGCGGAAGUCCUAAUGCGCUGAAAACACACACACGCACGCACACACACACACACACACACACACACACACUGAGUAUGCUUGCAUGCACUCAUGCACCACAAGCAUCUGCUGCAGUUAAACUAGAAAGCCUCUGACACAUGCAGAUCUGGUUUAGAGGAACACAAACAUAUUAGUCAUGAGUCACAGCAGACAGAUCAGACUGGAUUUCUUAUUACUCUAAUUAUUCGUCAUAAAUCAGGUGUAUAGGUGCCACCCAGAGCUACGAUUUUCACUCUAACACCAUCUGCUGCGGCGUUGUGCGUUUCUCCAGGUCAGAGGAGUCGAUACGAGCGUCUGCAGGAAAAGGUUCAAACCCGCUCUGCUUUGUGUUUUUAUUGUGUUUAAAGUUGACGCCCAUCCUGAGAGUAGUUUUCAUUAUGACGGCAGAUGUUCAGUGUUUUGUUCCAUCAUUUAAAGCGACCGUUACUGAGUCUGCUCAGCAUAAGACAAAAUAACAUAAACUGAAUAUUUAAUGAAGAACGGGGAAAAAAACAAACAACCGUUGGCUUCUUUUUGAGGGAAAUAGGAAUUGUUGCUCUACCAAACAUGUCUGCUUCUGAUACUAGGCGUUAAAACUCCUCUUUUGCUGCAAAAACAUCUGUCUCUGCAGGAUCUCUUUCUCAAUCGUGUGCACUAAAGUCGAAAACCGCCACCUAACGCCUGAUGCAUCAUGUCUGCUUCUUUCCAGAUCCCUCUGAUCCUAUUUCACCCAAAGACAACCCCACCAGAGUACCCUACCCUCCCAAGCACCCAGAAGACAAGGACCCCUACAAUCCUAACGAGGUGCUGGAGAAGCCAGGUGAGAUCACCUUUCUGAUGCUUAAAUCCAGAGGAGACGGUAAUUGAGUGGAGGAUUUAUAGAAACAAUUUGGCAUUUGGGCGGGCAACUGUUCGGGCCAGCUAAGAGCAGAUAGCGCCAAGUAAAGCGUGUGUGUGUGUUUGUGAUAGUCCUUCAGCUGUGUGUGUGUGUGUGUGUGAAAGUGAAGGAAAGAAAGGUCAGCGAUUCAUCAGCCAGUAAUUGAAUGUUGCCCAUAAAGCUGAUAGGCAUCUGCGGCCUCUUAAGGUCUUAUAAGGUAUCUCCACGAUGGCCGCUUUCCAACCUCAACCCGCCGCUUAAGUGACAUUUUCAGGAAAAUGAUCCGAUCGCUGUCUGCCAUCUCGUCCUAACGACCUGUUCUCAACACAGAGCGACGCUUGUUUCUGCAGCGAAUCACAGCUCGGGCAGACACGCAGACCGCUCUUAUCUCUCAUAUUAUAUUCCCCUUCAAAAAAAAAAAAAAAAAAAAGUCCUGAGAAGAAAAUCAGACCGGCAAUUUCCUCGGCAAGAAAAAAAAAAAAAGAAACAGGAAGAGCUCAAGAACAAAAACAAGUUUAUCUAGCCGGAGCCUGAUUCAUUCAGGGUGUGGCCCCACCUGACUCUUUCUGUUUAUGCUGUUGAGCAUGCUAAUGCUGCCGGCUAACCUUCUGACCUCUGCAAAACACACUACAGCAGCAGCACACACAUUUUGAAGUCUCUUUAAACGCUUAAUAUUCUCGCUAUUUAUCAAAUCUCUGCUCAAGAGCGAGUUAAAGCAUCUACAUCUUAUAAAAAGGUUUAAAAAAUGACUUUAAAUCUGCAAGAACUUGAAUUUCAACCAGAUUUUUCAUGAUAAACAAAUAAAAGAAACAUUUCUGCAAAAAGAAAUGAUAGCCCUUAUAUACACAGAUGUUUGAGGAGCUUAUAGAUGUGAUGUCUCUGUAUAUUCUCAACCUUCAGCUGCAAAAACUGAAUGUUUUGAUAAUGUAGUUUUUUAUGCUGUGAGGGGGUAGUUGUCAGACGAGAUGAUUGACAGCAGGCUGAAGAAACACUGUCUCUCACUUUUCCCCCAGCAGAUAUUUAUAACCGUCCGUACAUUCGACUGUUAAAGCAAGAGGAGAGAAAAGAGAUAUUUCUUUGUGCAAGAAAAACUGCGUCUCACAGGAGCUUUAAAUCUGCAAAAUGAAGGUUGAUUAGGUUUAUAUUUGACAUUAAUCUGCAGCUGCUUGUUUCGAUGUUCGUACAGAUUCAUGAAUCAGGCUCCAGCUCUUCUGUGUUUUAAUUUGAUGAAAAACAAUCGAGACCAAAACCAAAGUUUCUGUUGCAGACUGAAGAACCAGAUGACAUUUAUACUCCCCGUACAAUGUCACUGAGUGAAAGACCAAAGUCUCACCUGGGACCGUACCUGAGGCUAUUAGAGCUUUUACUGAACAUCCAUUUAAGCAGGGUCAUGUAAAAACCGCCCCCCUCUCAGGGCCGCCCACCAGAGUCCCUCUUUCAAAGGGUAAAAUCCACUCUGGCGCUCUGUCCCUGCAGACCUCAGCGUCUUGUCCUCCUCUCUCUUGCGCCUCUUUAUGUCUCAUCCCUCCAUCCCGGGCGGAGAGCUACAGGCAGAGCGUCUGAGGCGCCAUAAUCCCCGUGUACGACAUGGGCAGGGUCCUGGUUUUGCUCCGUCUGCCAUCCUGUAUCCACUCCCCCCGACCACAGAAAAGCACUUUCAGGCCCUCAGGAGAGCAGCAGCAGCAGACAGGGAGACACAAUAAUCCCCACGUUCUUGUCCCGGGGAGAGCACAGCGCGGCGGCGGCGACGGGGUCUAAGUGUUGGACGAGAACCAUAACGUCUAUCGCUGGGAGUCACAGCACAGCUUGCCUUUCAUAAUUCAUGUCUCAUGUGGACAUCAAAUAUUUCUCUGGUAUUUUUCUUCCCUCUGGGGCUGCGAGUAAGAAAAUGAAGUUACUCUUUUUGAGUCUUUUAAAUUGCAAUUUAUCUAAGUGCUGUUCGCCUGUUUCCGCCCCAGCUAUUGUAUCUCCUAUCAGGCGGCGCUCGCCCUACUUUCAAGGUUGCAGUCUUCACCGGCUGAAUUUGAAUAGCCACCGGAUCGAAUGUGACCUUUUAUACAAAAGCUUUCUAUAGGCAGGCUUCAGCCUCAGCUGCGGCGCCGCUGGCCUCUUCCCUGCUGCACGCUGACACAACGCUGUAAAAACAUCACUUCUGCUGCUGCCAUCUUCUUCUCCUCCUUUCUAAAAAGGCGUCACACCGAAGCGUGUUUCUGGAUCUGAGACCCCACACCUUCCUGAUGUCAGAAAACGCGGGGGCUGCUUCAGAAUCACAUUUCACAAGCUUUGGAAAAUUCCCAAAUUCACGCCAACUUCACACAAAGAUUGGCCGGGAUCUCGCCUCUUCUCGCCGCCGUCUCAUUUUACUCUUAACAAAAUCCUUUUACAGCCACAAACCCAUGAAUCCUUCUCAGGAAGAUAGUCCAAAAGCAUUUAUUUCACCCACAGUUUGGUGAUUAUUACUUCUCACGUCUCGGUGAUGGCAAGCUCUUCAUUCAUGCGUCGCUCCAUUAUUUUUAACAGUGUGUUAAAAGCAUUUCUCCGUGCUGCUGCUUUAGAUAAGUAACAAACCUCCUCGAGUACUAAUGGCUGUGUUUAUGGCUGUUUUUUUUUUGUUUUUUUUUUCAGGUUAAAGAUGAUUUUUCUAAAAUGUUAUUAGAGACUAAAAUCAGCCUGAGUGUCUAAAGCUCUGAAACCACAAAAAAAUCAACUGCUUUCCCAAAUUUUUCUUGUUUAAUCCAUUUAUUAAAAACUCUUUUACUCUUUAUAUGGAGCCACAAAGUUAGAAUUGUGCUAGAAAACAGUUUAACCACAGCGACUCCACACAUUUGGAGGUCACCAUAUUGGAAAUGGCGACUGAUGAGGUGUGAGGUUAUGCAGGGCACCAUGACUCGACUUGAUUUUCAGGUGACUCAGCAAAAUGCGAAGAUGUAGGGCUGGGCGACAAACCGAAAAUUUACAGAUACUGAAAUUUACGGCAAGAACCAACAUCAUUUCACCCAUAUCGGUUUAAUCCGUGAGCAGCUUCUGGAGUAGUUAUCGUCUGUUUAUUGUUAUCAAGGUGAACUGAUCAAUAUAUCGUGAUAUUGAUUUGAGGCUGUAUCGCCCGGCCCUACAAGGAGGCGUGGUCAGCUCAAUUCUGCAAAACUUGUCGCCUCAAAUCCUCAGACUGAGUUAGCUGCGGUUAGAAACCGACUCGUCCGCUGCAGAGAGCCUCAAGUGGACACUAGAGGAACUGCAGUCCGUCGCACAUGCACACUAACUUUGCUUGUUUUUUUUCUGCUUUCUUGAUGUCGUACAUGAAUAAUAAGUGUCAGUUAAAUCACUAUUACGAUAAGUGUUUUACCUGUGACCUCUCAGGUAAACCCUCGUGUGAAAUCAGGCGUGUGAGCGUGUUGUGAUUCUGUGUUUGAUGAUGGGAUUACUGCGUCCUCAUGUAUAAUUAUGGUCUGUCGAGUUACAUCGGAAGUCCAAGCUGAAAAUGACGUCACAUCCGAGAUACCAGCGUUUCAGUUACCAAGUUGAAAAAAAGCAAAAUCGGAGGCCUGAAACAAGAUGGCUACGACUUCGAUUUUGCUUUUUUCCGACUUGGUAACUGAGACGCUGGUAUCUCGGGUGUGACGUCAUUUUCAGCUUGGACUUCUGACAUCCGAGGUAGCUCGAACGCAGCAUUCCAGCCUGACUUCACUCCCCUGAGAUGAUGUCAUCAUGUACUCACCUGAGUCCCCUCCCCCUUCUGUCUCUCUCAGGUGUAGCACCGAGAGAAAGCAGCGACACCGAAAACGGGGGAAAGUCCUCCAGCGUCAUCGGCUCCGAGGUGGCCAUCUUCGUGGGCAUCGCCUCGGGUAGCGUCAUCUUCAUCAUCAUCAUCAUCAUGCUGGUCCUGCUGCUGCUCAAGUACAGGCGGCGGCAUCGCAAGCACUCCCCGCAGCACGCCACCACGCUGUCUCUAAGCACGCUGGCCACGCCUAAACGGAGCGGCGGCGGGAACAAUAACGGCUCGGAGCCCAGCGACAUCAUCAUCCCGCUCAGGACUGCUGACAGCGUCUUCUGCCCGCACUACGAGAAGGUCAGCGGCGACUAUGGACACCCGGUCUACAUAGUCCAGGAGAUGCCGCCUCAGAGUCCGGCGAACAUCUACUACAAAGUCUGACGUGGAACUUUUAGCGGAACAAUCCUCGGGCAGAGCGGGUUUUUGAUUUAGCCAGGCGACGCCGGCACACCCGCAGACUCUGGCUCUUUCUCUCUCUCACUCUGUCGACUCCUCCUCCUCCUCCUCUACUCCUCCUCCUCCUCCUCCUCCUCCUCCUCUCCUCUGAUGUUUUGUCACUAGUUUUUCUUUAUUCGAGUUUGCUGAUACCUUGUGGCUCUGGUUCAGUUACGGUCGCUGUGGAUUAAAGGGUGGAGGCUGGAGGGACGCCUGAUGCUGCCGCUGCUGCUGGGGCUCUCGGGGAAACACAGAAGAUGAUCUCCUGCUCCCCUGAAAGUCGCUCCCUUUCCUUUUUGUUUUUGUGCACUGCAGCCAGCGAGGAUUGUGGGAUCAGAAAGUCAAGACGGAUGCAAAGCGUGUUUUUGCGAUCCUCGAACGGGAUGGACAGAUGGAUGUACGGACGUAAAGGUUUCCCCCGGCACGAGAGGAGGGGAAGAAAGAGAGACUACUGCUUGGGAAAAAAAGAGAGCUAAAGAGACAAAAAGAGUGAGGAGGACAGGAAAAGGAGAAAACCGGCUGACCAUGAACUCUCAAAAUGGCUGCCCACUGUUGAGAGACUCUGUGGAUUUAACAGGCGGAGGAGGAAAACGGAGAGAGAUCCUCGCAGAGAUCCUCUCCGGGACUUUCCUGACUGACUCACGGAGAUCACCCAUUCACCCUGCCACCCACAUGCCCGCUCUCACAUAUACACACAUUCACCCACCCACACACACAGACAGACACACCGUCUCAUGUGAACUGUUUGGGUUUUAACGUGGAUUGCACCAUUUCUUCCUCACCCCCAGAUUUGUUGUUUUCUGAAAAUCACUCCGCUCAGAUUUACUUGAAGAUUCACGUUUGUUCCAUGUUUCUGGUUUCAUAUCCUGUUCAGAUCUUCUGUCCUUUAGCCACAUCAUGUCAAGUGACCCCACGGUGGCGAAAGAGUGUGCAAAGAAGGAGUGAGGAGUUUUUUUCUAUGUUCACCCUCAUGCACGGACUUGGGUGUACGUCAGGUCUGCCCGGGUGGCUCCUGGGAAGAGUGGAGGACUUUCAUUCACAUAGAGCAGCACUUUUAACCCCAUUCUGGUACCUCCACUCUUUUCAGAGACCGUGAUAGUUGGAGAUGGGAGAGCAGCUGAAUCCUGUCAGAGUUCGCAGCAGUGAGGGGCUCGCCUCAACUUCUUUAGAACCCAGACCUCCACACACACACAUGGGGAGGGUCUUCGGGGCAAUAAGAAAUCCAGUUCGCCUUACUGCCGCAUCAGGUGAAGACGAGGCCCGAGGUGUAGUUGAGGUUGGCGGAGCUGUCGGAAUCAGCUCUUGGUACUGUAAUGUUUACCCCGAGGUUUGAUUAAGGGUGCUCUCCUAUUCCAGCACGUUCUCACUUCUCACUCCUAAUGCGGCGGAUCGGACGGCGGCCGAAUGCUCAUGUAGGGACGCUUGAUGGGUUUGUUUUGCAUGCGCAGGGGUCAGAGGUCAGAGGUUUCCAGUUAGACGACCAAAAUCUGAGAUUCGUAGUGAUUUACUUUAACCAAAACUGUCGCUUUCACGUCGAUUCAUUGGUUGGAGUUCCCUCACGAGCUUCUGUUUGAGGCUCAGCUCGAAUAUUUCGUAUUUAUUGAGGCUAUCUUGACAUUUUUGUGAGGCCGACCCGACCCUGAAGCUCUUCACUCGUGAAACCCAGAUCCUCAUAAUUCGAAGCGCCGGGUCACGGGCCGAGCUGCUGCUUUACGGAGCUGAGAGUGAGAACGUGCUGACUCUUCUUGAUUUUUAAAAAAAGCACAGGGACAUCCACUUUACAUUGUCACUGUUUCCCAUUCUCCAUUAGCAUUUCCACAUUGAUUUACUUUCUUUUUUUUUACUAAAUAGAUGUACAUUUAAAAAAAAAAAAGGACAUUACACAGAUGAAAAAAUAAAAUAAAAAGCAGAAUUUAUUUAUGAUAGACACAUAGAGCACAGGCGUUUUCAGGCGAGGCGAAGGAGCAGAAGAAAAAGAAGUAAUGUUAAUAUAUUAUGGUAUAAGUGCACAUUAUGCAAUCUAGGUUUUUGAUUAUUUGAUAUCUCUCGACCCGCUGAGUCCUGUACUUUCACGAGCUCUCGCCCGCAGACUCUGGGCUCGGCUAGGGCGGCCUGGACCCGACCCCGGCCCCUGGGGUGCGGGGCUACGGGACCCCGAAUAGCUCACAUUGGUGUAUAAAAGGGCAGAGUAGCUGUGUCUACCACACUCACUCAGUGUAGCAUCUCCCAAAGGUUAACUCCCAUGAACACCCAGUGCCCAGAUUCUCCUCAUACACACCCUUCAUGUUCUCUGUGCAUGUGUGUACAUGUGUGUGUGCGCGUGCGUGUGUUUGCGCAAGUUUCAGUGAUUCACAUCCAUGAAUAUCGUCAGCUUAGGCUCAUCUUUGUGACUUAAGCUGCUCCCCCAGCAUGUGUCAGCCCAUCUUCAUUUGUUUUUCAAGAACAUCAAGUUUCACCGAAAAGCCAAGCCUUGUAUGAUCUGAGGUUUGUGCCUCCAAGAGGCUACAAAAUCUGCAAAUAUGCAAUUCUUAUUUAUUUUUUUAAUCGAUUCUGAAGUAAAAAAAAAAAAAAAAACACCUAUGGAAAGUGUUCUUAACCACUGAAAGAUGUAACGACAAACAAACGACACAAAACUAGCAAAGUACGUCUCACACAAGCCUGCUGUUCAGUUUGAUUUCUGCAUUAUUUCGAGUAUUAUUUGAACCUUUUCUGUUCGAACGAUGUGCCGUAGUACAAAGGUAAACUGUGAAAAUGAAACCAUUAAAAGAAGCAUAUACUAUAUCACAACUGAACAGGUAUUAGCAAGAGAAGAAGAAGAAGAAGAAGAAGAAAAGACACACACACACAUACGACAAAGAAAUGGCUGUUUAGUUGCUGUCUGUCUGCGGCAGAAUAUGACAAUCUUAUUAGUUUCUUUUAAUCUGGCGUCCUUUUCUUAGCUGCCGCUCGUCUAACGCUCUCCCAACAUCGACCCGGUUCGGUUCAGAACUGUCGCUGCGAGAGUCUUAGCACAGGAGCUCGGAGAAGCACCUCAGGCUACUGUAAAAUGCCUUGCUCGUAUGGUCAGCCCUUGGUCACUUGACUCAGUAAUUUUGCACCGUACUUCUGUAGGUAAGAAACUGUAAAUACAUUAAUGUUUGUAUUGUAUAUGGAUCCUGGGUUGUUACAAUAGCCUUAUUCACCUUUUUAGGAAAGUAAAUGGAAAAAAACGUUCAGAAAAAAUGGAAUUACACUUCAGUAAAAACAGAGCAUACUACUUUUUUGGUAAAUAGCUUAUGUAAAUAUUGACCAGAACCCAAUAAAAACAUUUUUUAUAAACUCUUAAAGUAAGAUGUUUUGUAUAAAAUUUGAAUUUUUUGCUAUGUAUUUUAGCUAGCGCUCGAUGGAAAGUCCGUGUCCUCCCCACUCCCUCCCCUUUUGCACUGUUUCCAUGGUAAUUUGGUUUAAAAAAAAAAAAGAGAGAAAAGUUGCCAAACCGACUGCUGCAUAUUUGUGCCAUAAGUGUGUACCAUAAAUAUUUAUUGAAUUAGUUUCUUUUUUGUUCUGUUAUGAUUUAAUUUCAGUCCAGUUUUUAAGUAACACAGUAUUAUAAUAUUUGCAUUGUUUGUUCGUCUCCCCUGGUUUUUUCUUUCGUCAUGUUCAUGGUUACUGGGUGGCUGUACCCUCUUCUCUCUCUCUAUCUCUCUCUCUCUCUCUCUCUCUCCCCCUUCCUUGCAGUAUGAGAUGGCCAGGCUGUGAAAAAAACGGUUUUAACAUUCAAAAUUUAAAACAAGUUCAAAGUGAGGAUAAAUGACACACAUUCCACCAGUCUGUUACAAACUGAAAAUGUUUUUCAAUAAAAUGUUUUUCCUAUGGA